AUGAUUAAAAAAUUCGUCUUAGCAUUCUUAGCAUUUACAUAGGCUAUCUUAGCUGCUUAAGAUCCUUAAGGCAAGCUUCUCUAGGUAGUAGAAACUUUUAGACACGGAGCCAGAUACCGUAUUUAUAAUUCUUCUUAUCCUAAUAACAAUUAAAUUAAUUAUGGAGAAUUAACUGCUGAAGGAUAAAGAAUGCACUAUGUAUUAGGUGUAACCCUUCAAUAAAAUUAUGCUCAAAGUCUUAACUUCCCUGAUAAAUAUGAUCACACCUUUAUUUAUGCCAAGUCUACUAACGUAAAUAGAACAAUAAUGUCUGCUUACAGCUAACUUGCUGGUAUGUUCCCCUUAAAUAAAGGCAUUGAUGUUGAAAAUAUCAACACCUAAUUCAUGGUUCCUCCUUUUACUAAAAUUGCUGAUAUUGGCUAGUAAAAGUAUGCUUUAGCUGGUGGAUAACAACCCAUCCCAAUUCAUGUUAAAGAACAAAAAGAUGAGAAACAGUUACUUGGUUACGGCGAUGCUUGUAAUAAUUCUCCUAAAUGGAGCCAAAAAAAUAAAGACGAUUCAGACUGGAAUAGAAUAAAGGGUGAAUUCUAACCUUUGAUUGACAAAUUGGCUAACAACAAAUUCUUCCAAUUACCUGCUAAUCCUGAUUUGGAUACCAUAGCUCAACUUGUUGAUACUCUUAUUGCAAUUAAAUGGGCUGGAGAUGAUGCAUAAAAUACAUUAAUUGCCGCAUAAAUAGAAGGUUUCUUAUUACCUCUUGAUGAAAUGAUGAAUCCCAAUAAUUUUAAUGUUAUGUGGGUCUAAAUGAACUUACUCUACUCUAUCUAACUUCACUUAGCCCUUUUCAAGACUGAGCAAUAAAAGAAAACUUCAGUUACUCCUUUCUUCAAUGAAUUGUUAGCUUAUUUCAAUAAUUAUUUGAGUGCUAAGGAUACUUAAAAUCCUUUUUUCAAGUGGAUCAUGCUUUCUGCUCACGAUACUACUAUAGCCAUGGUUGCUCAAGGACUUAACUUAACUAGCUGGUAAUGCAUGGAAUAAGUUAAAAAUCAAACUUUUGCUUCAAAUCCUAGCUCUCCUUGCAUUUACACAUAUCCAGGUUUUGCAUCUAACAUCAUUUUUGAACUCUAUGAGGAUAAUAACAAGAAACCAUACGUCAAAGCUCUCUACAAUGGAACUGCAUAACCCUUGUGUGGCACUGCUGACACAUUCUGUUAUCUUGACUAAUUCACAUAAUCAAUUUCUUACUCUAUUGUAUCUGAUUUUGAUAAAGAAUGUGACAACCCUAUUUAUGUUUCUAGUCCUGACAGUUCUUCAACUCCUACAUGGGCUAUCGUAGUUAUAGUAAUAGUUAGCGUUUUGUUUGUUGGUGCUCUAGGUUAUAUUUUCUUCCAAAGAAAAAAGAUUUUAUCUUUACAAUCUAUCGAUAAAAAUAGCAAUUACUCUUAAAUUUGA